AUGCUGAAGUCACUCUGGAUUGGAAUUGCAUUUGCUUUAAUCGCGGUUUCCGCGGAGCCUGCAAUUGACAAUGAAGAAAUUGCCGGUGACAAUUUUGUCGAAGACGCUGUUGUUGAAGAUGAAAAUAAUAAUUAUAAUGGUAAAGAUGAUUUUAAAAACGUAGACACAAACAUUCCGGGAUUUGAUAAGGGAUUACCUACACCCGAAGAAUUCCUAGAGAUGCUCGAGUCGAUGAAUUUGUCGGAUGAAGAAAAAGCUAAUUUGCAAGAUGCUAUUAUGAAUAACGCAAAUAUGGAUCAAAUGCUUGGACGCGCACCAUCUGCUGGGAAACCUUUCUUCUCUCAACUGGUUGUGUUACUCAGUUUAUUGAGUAUUGUUGCUGUUAUUUUUGUCUUUUUUGGGUAUAAACUAUACAAGAGUUUGAUCGACAAGGAACGGAAACGAGAAAUGAAGAAGAAAUUAAAAGAAAUGAAGAAAAAAAAAUAA